AUGGUGGCAUCUGAAUCAGAUGAAAUGAAGAAGACAACAGAUGCAAGGAACUAUUGGAAAGAAUUGUUGGCUGACUAUGAUCCUGAUUUGCAGUUGCCUUACGAUCAUCAAAGACUUUCAUCGUUAGACUGUCAGUCGUUUGUACCAUCGUCAUCGUUCAACUUUAACUUAGAAGAUCGACAACUAAUCGACUCUAUUCUCGGUUGUUGCACGAAUUACAGUGUGACACUAUUUCAACUGUUUUUAACAAACUAUUAUCUAUUCUUGUUUAAAGUAACACAGGGAACUGCGAAAGACAUUUGUGUUUAUUCGAACCAUCCUUGUUCAGAACGUCUUGCGUUUAUACCAUAUCGUUUUAAACUCGAUCCUCGUUUAACAUUUCUUGAGGUUGUCAUGCACGUUCAAAAACUCUGUCACAAAAUGCAACCAUAUUUAGAGUUCGAAACUGAUGAAAUAAUAAACAAUAUUUCACAAAGAGAUUUGCCAGUACUCAAAUUUCUCCUUCAAGAGUCACCACGUUCUAAAACUGAUGCCAAAAAUGAUCUAUCUCAAUUGCAAUCAUCUUUAUACACGAGCAAGAGUGAAAGAGAACAAGAAGUGAAGUUCGAUCUGCAACUAUGGAUCAGGUGUAAUUUGGAAGACAAAACGAUGAAAUGUUCAUUUGACUUUUCGACCGACCUCUUUGAGCAAACUACCAUCGAUAUAAUGUCAAGACGAUUUCAAACUCUGCUGAAACAAUUGUUCUUAUCCUCUUCAUUUGAUGUUGAAAGGUCACCAGUCUAUGAACUAUCGAUUCUGCUACCUGACGAACUGAGACUGUUACGAGAUCUAAACGAUAAUCAUAUUCAGUUUGAACAAGAAAUGAAAUGUAUUCAUCAGCAAUUCACUGAGACAGCUAACAAGAAUCCACAAAAGUUGGCUGUCAUUCUCGAUGAACAAUCAUUAACAUAUGCUGAACUUCUUGUCUAUGUACAACAUCUGUCACUUUCUCUAAUGAAUGAUCAUCAUGUUGUGCCCGGAUCAAUCAUUUAUAAGUGCUUUUAUAAAACGGGUGAUUUGGCCAAAAUUGAUAUGGACCGACAACUUCAUUUCAUGGGACGUGCCGAUUUUCAAAUAAAAGUGCGUGGCCAGCGAGUAGAAGUCGCAGAAAUUGAGCAAAUUAUCUUUUGUUCCUCUUCGAGUGUAAAUGAUUGUGUCGUAGUAAAACAGUUAGAUGAUCAACGAAUCAAUGAAGAUUAUUUAGUGGCUUAUGUACAGUUAAAUGUCGAUGGCGAUCAAAAGCAAAUAAUUUUAGAUUCCAUCCGGUCCUAUUGUCUCAAAUCUUUACCAUCUUACAUGAUUCCUUCGGCGUGGCUUAUAAUGGAUACUUUUCCAUUGAAUUCGAAUGGAAAGUUAGACCGCAAACGCCUACCAAAGCUUAAGCGUGGUGUACCAUUUCUGCCGCCUGCCAAUGAUGAUGGAUUGUUGCUCAAUACACCAUUAGAAAGACAACUAAGUGAGAUUUUUAUUCAAUCAUUUAAUGUGGCUAAUUUAGACUGGAACAUGUCAUUCGGUCAUCAAGGUGGAACUUCAUUAGGUGCCAUGAAAGUUGUCUCAUUGAUACGUCAACAAGCCGAAUGUUCGAAUACUGUGUAA